UUUUUUUUCUUACUUUUCCUUUUUAUUCUUUUUUCUUUUUUAUUUUAUUAAUAAAUAGUUCUUUAUACCUUUAAUAUUUUAUAUACCCUCAUCUUUUUUAUUCAUGACCAAACAUAGUGAACCCUUUUCUAUUCCCUAUGACUUUGUACAACAAGAGUCUUCAAUGAUGCCUUCUACCAGGAUUAACCGUUUACAUCAAAACCAACUUAUCAAUACUUCGCAAACUAAUGUAGAAAAUUCUCAAGUUAUCACUAGUAUUGAAGAAUACCAUUUACAAGGUGUUAUAGGUUAUGGAUCCUCUGCUACUGUUUACAGUGCUAUCUAUCUUCCUCAAAAUCAUCGUGUAGCCAUCAAAAUGAUUGAUUUGGAUAUGUUUGAAAGAAACCAAAUUGAUGAACUUCGACGUGAAACAGCUUUGAUGGCAUUAUCUAAACAUGAAAAUAUUUUACCGGUUUAUACCUCCUUUGUCUCUGGUUCAAAAUUAUGUAUAGUUACACCUUAUCUUGCUGGUGGUUCGUGCUUGGAUAUUAUGAAAACCGCAUUCCCUGAAGGUUUAGAUGAAAUCAGCAUUGCCACUAUUUUGAAACAAGCUUUAGAAGGAAUCUCUUAUUUACAUAAAAAUGGUCAUAUUCAUCGGGAUGUCAAAGCUGGUAAUUUGUUAGUGGAUGAAGAUGGUUCUGUCUUACUUGGUGAUUUUGGUGUUUCAAGCUCUCUAAUGGAAACUGGAGAACGUGGACUUCGGAGAACUUUUGUUGGAACUCCUUGUUGGAUGGCUCCAGAGGUGAUGGAGCAAGCUGGAUAUGAUUAUAAAGCCGAUAUUUGGAGUUUUGGAAUCACUUCUAUUGAAUUAGCUACUGGUCAGGCUCCCUUUGCAAAACUACCCCCUCUGAAGGUGUUACUGAUGACUCUAUCGAAUGACCCACCUAGUCUAAUACGAGAAGGUACAAAAUACAAGUAUUCAAAAGUGUUCAAGGAUAUGGUUGAUAUGUGUUUGAACAAAGAACCCAUAAACAGGCCCACUGCAGAAAAACUCUUGUUACACCCGUUUUUCAAACAAGCCAGGAAAAAGGAUUAUUUAGUCAAAACCAUAUUAUCAGAUUUGCCUCCUUUGGAACGACGGUCAAGAAAAAGUAUUCAGAAACGACAACACUCUUUUACUACCUCAGAAGAAUGGGAUUUCAAUGACAGUAAUGAUGAUUAUCACCAUGAUACAGCGAUUCCUUCAAGCGAUAACGAUAAUAACAUCGAAAACAAUGAAGGUCAUUUACCGACGGUCGCACAUGAUAGUACAGGUAGUGAUAGCAGCAUGAAUAUUACCUCCAACAAUAACAACGACAAUAAUAAUUUAACCAAUGACUGUACUACACCAAACGAUUCUAUAGCGUUACCCAAAUCAAAACGACAUAUAUCAUUUGGUUGCGUUGUAGUCCGGAAUCCACCUCAACCGUCCAGUUUAUUUUCAACAUCACAACCAACAUAUUCAAUCAUACCAGACACUCAGCAUAGCAAUAUAUCCGAAACCUCUAUUCGUUAUACGGGAAUUGAUGAUGAUUGUAAGAAGACAACUGGUAUUUCUUCUACCUACCCUACUAGUGUGAAAUUCUCGUUGGAUGAUCAAUGUAAUAGUAAGGAAUGUCACCAUCCAGAAACGACCCAACCGCUAGAAAUUGAGAACAUUGGUAAUCAACAGAGUAGUACUCACCAAUUGAUAAAGACAGAGAGUAAUGACAGCGCAGGUGAACGACAUUCAAGAUUCGAAAUACAACGUGGACAAAAUACAACUCCAAAUUCAAACUGUGUUUCCGGUGAUGGUGGCACAAUACCUACGACCACAGCAGUACACUCUCACAACAUGUCUUCAUUAACUAUGUUACCAGUUACAACGACCUCAGUUCACGAAGGACCUUGCCGUUUGCCGAUUUCUCGAUCAUCAUCAUCAAAGCAACCAUCAACUAAUCGACCUCAAUACACUCAUCAGCAUAAUCAUAGUGUUGGAAGUGACAAAGAAUGGAUGGUAUCAGGUGGUGUAUCUGAAUCAAGAAAAAUAGGUCGAUUUGAACUAACAACUUCAACAACAUCAACAACUACAGCUACAAUAAGCGAGUCAUCAUAUGAUUUUGUACCAACAAGAGUCAGUGUAGAGCGACAAUCAUUGGUAGCAUCACCACCGUCAUCUUCGUCCAGCUUAUCAUCAUCAUCACCCCCUCCGCAUAAUUCUACGAAUAGUCAAUCCAUUCCUUCUCAUCAUCAUCAUCAUCAUAAUCAUCAAUAUCAUCAUCAUUAUCAUCAACAGCAACAACAACAUAUUAACAACGAUAUUCCUUAUCCUUCUUUAUCAACAACACCUCCUACAUCCUCUUCCAUUAUGAGUGGAUCUAAAUCAUCUAUUGGUAUGAACGCAGCUACUUUACAGUCUCAUAUUGAAGAACUUUUAAAAUACAAUGAAACCCAACGACAGAUUAUCUCGGACAUUUUUGGAUCCUAUCGUAUGGAGUAAGUUGUUACUCAAAAAAAAAAAAAAAAGACAACCCAAUGUGAAACUAUAGAAUGUAUAUCCAUUUUUCCCUCCCCUUUGAUAGACGUUUUGGUGCCUUAUGUCAACAGCAUAAACAUACUGGGUCCACAUCGUCAAAUGAUGAUUAUACUUCGAUGAUAGACUCACUGGAAAAACAACUUUCUCAAAUCGGAAAGGAAAAUGCUGCAUUACGUAUGGAAAACAGACAACUACGGAAAGAUUUGGAUCAGAUACGUUUGUUAUAAUAUGAGUAGUUGAUAUUCGUUUUAGUUAAUCAUUUGAUUGUUUUAUUGGUAUUGAUAUUUGAAUAAAGAAAAAAAAAAUCAAUAUAGUUUGAC